AUGCAGAUCAAGGCUUUUGUCACUUCGUUCCUCUGCCUGGCUGCAGCCCAGUUCGCUGCCGCAGAUGCGACUACUACCUCCACUUCAACAUUGACCAUCACCAAGACGCUGGUCCGCGUCCACUCGGUCACUGCCACCCCUAGCGUCAGUGCUAGCGUGACCCCAAGCUCUAGCAGCAUGGUCACCGUCACCUCGACUCCUCUUGUCCAAUCCGCUACCAGGACCGCUGCCGCUACCUCCGCCACAAAGACUGGCGGUGCUGUCAAUGUGGCCGCUGGUAUGCCGGCUGCUUUGGUUGCUGGAUCCUUUGCGCUGAUUAUGGGCGCGGCCCUGUAA